AAGAAUUUUAGUAUAGAACUAAAAACGUAAUAAAUAGUCAGCGAUAAGAUCGUGACCCAGUGGGAAUAAUCAAACCUUGAACGGAAGUUAAGCCGAGGUCACAAUGUGGUUACAGGGUUGGCUUCUUUUGCUGCCAAUUCUGUUGGGUUUGGCUAAUAUUAUCAAUGCCUCCACCGCUGGAAAUCAUACGCUAAACUAUGAAGCGAAAACUCAACGGAUUUUAGAUCGAGCCACCCAACGAAUACGUUCAAUAUACGAUAUGAAGCGACGGAUUUUUCUUCAACUAACAUUAAAGGGAAAAUCGCCGCUUGGUGGCCAGGCACCUAGUAAAUUGGAGGUGGAAAUGGAAACCUAUCGUUUGCUCUAUGAGGUGGCCGCCAAUCUCAGCGUGGUGCCAGUGGAGCAACUCUCAGAUCCUUUAAUGCGUCGCAGGGUUCAACGUUUGUCCAAGUUGCAACUGCAAGGACUACGUCCUGCAGAUUACGAACAGGCCAAGGAUUUGCUAAGAACUAUGCAUAAUUUUGUAAAUGGUCCUUUGGUUUGUCCAGGAGAAGAUUGCUCAGCUCGUAAGCCCUUGGCCAUGUAUCCACAGAUUAUGAACAUGAAUAUGAGAACGAAAAACUAUAAAGAUUUAUUGGAGAACUGGGUUAACUGGCGUCGGACAAUCAAUGACAAAAUAACGGCCAAGAACACGUUCAUAGACUAUGUGCGAUUGCUGCGUAUUGCAGCCACGUAUAAUGGGCACGUUACACCAUCUCGUACUUGGUAUUUGUACUACGAUACAGAGAACUUCCAGGCCGAACUGGAGGCAGUGGUGUGGGAGAUAAUGCCACUGUAUAGGGAACUUCAUGGCUAUUUGCGACACGAAGUGCAGCGUGCCUAUCCCAAGGCGGAUAUGAAAAAUGAUGGUGCCAUAUCGGCGCCAAUAAUGGAUCAAAUCUUAUCACAGGAUUGGUAUUCCCAUCAAUUUUUCCAAACACCACAUCCAAGCAAAGAGCAUCAAUUGCCAUCGGUGGUAAGACGACUUGAAGAGGUUCUUGUGACUCCCGUAAAAAUCAAUAAAAAGGCAACUGAAUUCUUCGAAUCUUUGGGUCUCAAUCAUAUGUCCGACGGCUUCUAUGAUCGGUAUGCUCGACGCAUGAACGACGAUGAAGGCGGUCCUGAUUGUAAGCCACAAGUUUACUAUUUUCCACCUGAUGUUGCCUUGAGAUAUUGCCCGAAAUUGGACUACAAGAAGAUGAUGCAAGUCCAUGGUGUUAUGUGCGAAUUGCAAUAUAAUCUUUAUAAACGAAAUCUGCCAUUUGGUCUGGACUCGGAACCUUGUCCAGGAUUUGGUAAUGCUUUGGCUGAAACAGCUGUCCUUGCCUCGGGCACACCAAGACAUUUGCAUCGUCUGCAUAUUCUGCUCAACGAAAGCCUUACCGAAGAGCAAUCCCUAAAUCGUCUCUUCCGCAUGGGUGUCCACACUCUGCUAGCUGUUCCUCAGUACUUUAUCAAUGACAAGUUCCUCGUCGAUGUCAUGGACGGACGCAUUGUUGUGAAGGACUACAAUUGUGCCUACUGGAAUCUUCAAGAUAAAUAUGCCGGCGUCCAAGCCCCACUGUGGCGUACGGCCAAAGAUUUUGAUCCUGAUUUCAAAUUCUAUCGUGGUCUCAAUCCCGAAACUUCGAAUACCAAAAAAUUUUUAGCGGAAAUUCUUGGUUUUCAGUUCUAUCGUUCAUUCUGUCUGGCCAGUGGACAAUACAAGCCAGGAGAUCCCAAAUUUCCUCUACACAAUUGUGAUUUCUAUGACAGCAAGGCGGCUGGUAAAAUGAUAAAGGACAUGAUGGAAUUUGGCUCGACAAAACAUUGGCGUGACAUAAUGGAAAUAGCCACAGGCGAACGGAAACUGAGUGGACGCGGCGUAUUAGAAUACUUUGCCCCGCUCUUCACCUGGCUCAAAGAGCGUAAUAAACAAUUGGACAUUGAGCCUGGCUGGGAUGCCGAAGAUUUUUGUCCCAAGGAAUAAAAUUGAAACUUAAUUACUCGAAUUACAGUUUUAACAUCUCAGUUUUGAGUUCACUUCAAAUGGAAUUACUAUAACUUUUUUUUGUGAAAAUGUUACCAACACUACUUUAAAAAAACAUUUAAUAUUUUGUUUUAAUAAA